GCCUUAAUCUUUUCUUUAUGUGACCGGGCGUGAAAAGCCUGGGAGAGAAGCAGCAGCAUGCAUCAGAGUGCAGUGGUCGUGGUGGCGGAUAAAAUGAGCCUGAAAAGGCCAUUUAUUUUUGCAAACGCUGUGCAUAUGGCACUGUGCUUCUUCAUGUUGACGAUGACCGUCGCGUGGCAUAGAGACCUGAUACUAACUGGCAAACUGGUGUCCAAUGUUUCCGUCGUGAUAAUGUACGUUGUAGAGAUCGGCUGUAUGCUGCUCUCGGUGCUCGGUGUGAUUGGAGCCUGUGCAGGAAAGAGAUGGUGUUUGAUUCUGUAUGCAACUGGGAUGGCGGCAGCCAGUCAAACAAUAAUUGUCAGAACAGCACUAAGUUACCAAGAUGUUUAUGAGAAACGAGUUGUCCGUGAGGAGAAUAAGUUGCUGUCCAUGAUGCCACUGACUGGAAUCAGCAAAGCCAACAGGACCCUGCUCUACAGUAUUCAACAAGAAUUUGAGUGCUGUGGACUUAUUGAAGGCUAUAAAGACUGGGGUCCCUCCAUCCCUGCCUCCUGUAACUGUCACUAUCCAGGAAGAUGCAUUCGACUACGAGGCAGCGCCACACUGGGGGCGCCAAAGAACCAGUACGUUUAUCAAGAGCCUUGUUUUCCAAUUUAUGCUUCUGAACUGAAGCUUGCGUUCUCAUUGGCGAUGGCUGUGCAGUUUGGAAGUGGAAUAUUUUGGGUGGUUCUCCUCAUUAUGAGCAUCAAGCUGAUGGGCCAGAUAAAAAGAAAACAGGAGUUCAUAGCUCUUCUCCAAUCAAACAGAUAUGUUCCUCGUGCCUUCUAGUCACCUAGUAUGUUUUGAUACACGCUUUAAAUUAUUAUCAAGCAUACCAUAUUUGUAUUUGCACAUGUAAACAUAUUAUGAUGUAUACCAUAUUCCGUCUAUUUUGUGCUAUAGCAACUUGUGUUAUUCUUCUGUUAUUGCAUGUUACUGAUAUUGAAAAGUAAUCUACAUGCAAAGAUCAAUUUAAAAUGACUUUAUUUGUUGCCUUACUGUUGUAAAAACAUUGCAAUUUAAUGAAAUGAACUGUCUUGUAAAAUGUGCUGAAUAUCAAUAUAAUCUGCACAUUUUCAGAUGCUUUUGUUCAAAAUGAAUAUCUUAUCAAGCAUUAUUAAGCCAUCUGUUUUUAUUGAGUAGCUGGAGCCAAUCCCGGCAUUUUGUUAUUUACAGUAAGUGUCUUAUCUGGAAUAUAUUCAGAUAUUAUUUAUCUCCAUUUCCUUCAUACAUAACUUAGUGUUUGGAAAGACAUAUUAAUCGAAUUGAAUCUACUGUACCUCAAUUACUCAAAUAAUGGGUUUAACUCAACACUUGUCAACUGGACCAACGUCUUUUAAACACAUAUUUCCAUAUUCAUACUUGUCUUAAGCUCACUUAUUGAAUUUUCAGCAUUAGAGUAACCAAUAAUCUAUAAACAAAUAAUAGUAUUAAUAACCCUUAUGGAGCACAUUUCUUCAACAUUGUUUACAAAGUGCUUUGAUUGAAAUAUAAUCAUGUAUUUGUUAUUGAGCAAUGUAUUCUCUUGGGUAAAUAAUCAGGUUGGACAUUAGGACAACAGAAUGUCUUGAUGCCUUGUUAUGCACAAUGUAUAUGUUAAACUUUGUCACUCCACUCAGUUGAUCUUAAAGCACAUUUAGUUGGUAAAUGAUACCCACUAUGAGGGGAAGGGAUUCUGUUUGGUUGCACACCCAGUAGACAUGCAGUAAAUCCUCAAAAAGUUUUGCAUCCCAAAUUUAAUUUUACGGUUUGGAGACAUUUUGGCAAUGCCACUGCAGACAGGUUGUGAGAGACUCUUGUAGGAAAGCGCGUCACCAAUAUUCUGUAACAUCCCUACUGAAGCUACUCUCACCGAAGCCUUUACGCCACGUCACUAAUAUGACUUGCUGCAUGAGCUGCCUGCGGCUGAAAUGUCUCCUUGACCAAUAUAUUGUCAAAAUGAAUUUCAUCUUAAACAGCAGAUCCAAUGUCUACCUGUGCACUUUAACCAUUAAUGCCUAACAUACAAUAUCUUGCUAAAUAUGGUAUUUUCAUUUCUGUCACACAGUUUUUAUUUAUUUAUGGAAUGAACGUAUGUAAGAUUUUGUAAAUAGCAGGAAUAAAAUAUGUGAUUCUU